ACACCUCACUAAUUAUGGAUCUGAUCUAAUCCUAAAGAAAAACCAUUAUAUAAGACACGCGCAUCUCGUGUCUCUCUCCCUCUCUGUUAAAACAACCAAAUCUUCUUUUUUAGUUAAACAAUUCUCUUUUAUUACUCUCGAAAUUGAAAUGGAGAUGAUGUCAAUGGAGGAUUCGUAUUCUCAUGCUCUUAUGCUUUCAAUGGCGCGCGUCUCUCUCUCUGUCGCUGUGCGGACUCGACGGUCUCAACAACAACAACCACCGAAUUCUCCCAUACAAAGCACGUUACGAAUAUGUAAUGUUUAGUUUUAGUCUCUAAUUCAAGCUGUUUCUUUUGUUCGUAUCGUUUUCAACUUUCAAGAAUUGGAGAUAAAUAUUAGGGUUUUCUUCUGGAUUUCAAUCGAUCGAUUUCAGUUCCUUGUUGGGAUUUAUCGAUAUUUAGCGUUGACUUGUACUUAGAUUGUGAAAUUCAGGUUUCUUUUUUAAUCAUGUUGUUUCGGGUUAGCGGUUCUUGAAUACUUGUUUAAUCUGAAAUAUCUCUGUGUUUGUAUUUCUUGGAUGGCGGGAAGGUGGGAAUUAGGGUUUACAAAGACAGGAGGUGCAAAUAGUUUAAAAGAGCAGUUAGCUAGAACUACUUUAAAUAAUGUGAGAUCGAAAGGACAUCCUUAUGUGGAGCUUCGUGAGGAUGGAAAGCGAUUCAUCUUCUUUUGCACUUUGUGUCUUGCACCAUGUUAUAGUGAUGCUGUCUUGUUUGAUCAUUUGAAGGGUAAUCUUCACACUGAGAGGUUAUCUACUGCUACGUUGACUCUCUUGAAGGAAAAUCCAUGGCCCUUUAGUGAUGGUGUUCAUUUCUUUGAUACUUCUAGUGAGAAUGAGAAACAAUUAGUCAUCAAGAAUGAUAACGAGUCUCGAGGCAACGGUAAUAGCAGUCUUGCUAUUGUCAAGUAUGGUGGAAGUUUGAAGCCUACUGGUGAUGAGGAUACUGGAUGUAAUAAGGACGCAAAUGACAAUGGAAGAAUUUCUGAUCUACUGAUUCAGGGUGUUCUUGUUAAGGAUGACAUUUCUGACUUGCAAGCCAGGUUUAUGGGUUAUGGACGAAUUGGUGCAAGGCUCAUUGAGAAGGAUGGCAAUUCAAAUGAUAUUAGCCGGAUAUGGUGUGAAUGGUUAGGGAAAAAUACUCCUUGUGAUUUGGACAAGGCCAAGGUUUUGGAUCAUGAAUUUGCUGUUGUUACAUUUGCUUAUAAUUAUGAUUUGGGAAGAAAGGGGUUGCUUGAUGACGUAAAGUUGUUGCUUUCAUCUAGUCCAGUGCAGGAAAGUGACAAUCAGGGGGGGACUAAUAGGAAAAGGAAAAAAUCAUUUUCUGAUCCCGAGGAUGUCAGCGAGUCUUUCAGUAAUCAAUAUGAUUCAUCAGGUGAAGAAUCUUUGACUUCAAUUGGUGGUCCUCCUACUAGAUUGCUGUUAGAUAGACACGAUGAUCAGUUUCUUCAUUCAAAGGUUAUCUCUAGCAAGACCUUAAGACGGGAAUUGAGACGCCAACAUCACAUAGCCGCAGAAAGAAUGUGUGACAUCUGUCAGCAAAAGAUACUUCCGGAGAAAGAUGUAGCAACACUAGUAAACAUGAAUACUGGAAAACUUGCCUGCAGUAGCAGAAAUACAUAUGGGCAAUAUCACGUGUUUCAUACUUCCUGCCUCAUACACUGGAUACUUCUCUCUGAGUAUGAAAUGGCUAGAAAUCAAUCAGUCAGUCCAAAAGGGAGAAGAAAAUCUAGGAGAAAGAACGGAACUAAGUCUAGUCAUGUGGAAAAGGUGAAAGCUUUAAAUAACCAAAUUAGUUCUGUGUUCUGCCCAGAGUGCCAAGGUACUGGUGCAAUACUUGAGAAAGAUGAGCGUGAGCUGCCAACUAUCCCUCUCUCAGAGAUGUUCAAAUAUAAAAUUAAAGUGGGCGAUGGGCGCAGAGCAUGGAUGAAAAGUCCUGAAGUGUUGGAGAAUUGCUCAAUUGGUUUUCAUUUCCCUUCCCAGUCAGAAGGAGCAGUUCAGGCAAAGGUGCUGCCACUCAAAUUGCUGCAUUUCUACAGAGCUGAUGAGUAGUGUUGGACAUUAGGUCCAGCUGCUACUUUAAUUUUGUUGGUAGGACGUAGAUUUUUCUUCUCUAAGCAAAUGUUUGUAACUACUUGAAGAUACCUUGAUGACCCUUUUUUGAGUCUGGAUUAGAUGGGUGGUAGAAAUAGGUUUAUCAGGUCAUAUACUUGUGUGGAUAGCUGUCUUGUACAUCAAUGAAUAGACCUGUUGUCUAACUGGGGUGGGCGGAAAGGGUGUACAUUGCUGACAUUUGUCUGUCUACUUUGUAAAUGAAUUGGAAAGAUUAUCAAUUUGUGGAUUGACACUUAAAUGUUGAAGAUUUCUACUA